CGCGAGAACCGCAGUUACCGCGAGACUACGGGCCGAUUAAAAAGGAGGAAGGCACAACGUCGCGUCGUCUGUUUAGAGUUUUCGCUGACAAAAUGGGGACGCUUGCCUUCGCCGCCCGUACGUUGGGGCUGCUCGUCCUGGUCGCCUGCACAUCGACGUCUGCUGAUGUGUUCGACAGCGUGUUGGGAAGCACGUCGUCUUGCCACAAGUCGUGUGAAAUGACGUACAGUUUGCACACGUUUCCGCGCGAGGAGGAACUCUACGCCUGUCAGAGAGGCUGCCGUCUGUUCUCCAUUUGCCAGUUUGUUCGCGACGGUGACGAUCUCAAUCAGACGAAAUCCGAGUGCGAAUCCACCUGUCGUGAAGCCUACAGCCAUUCUGAUGAGCAGUACGCAUGCAACCUUGGCUGUCAGAAUCAACUUCCUUUCGCAGAGCAAAGGCAUGAGCAGCUGGAGGCCAUGAUGCCCAGGAUUCACAUGCUGUACCCCAUGACUCUGGUCAGAGGCUUUUGGGACGACGUGAUGAAUCAGGCCCACAGCUUCAUCACCUCCACCUGGACCUUCUACCUCCAGGCUGAUGAUGGCAAAGUGGUCAUUUUCCAGGCUGAACCACAAGUCCAGUUUUUCUCCCUGUUUGAAGUGGAAAAAGACGAAGAGCCACAGAAGAGCUUUCCCGGAUUGAGCCCCGUUUACAAAGAUUAUCAGCGCACUUUAAUCCAGGAGAGGGACCGAGAUAUGACCAGGGACCGCGACGAUGAGGAUCAAUACAACCUCUUCAACUGUCUUUCCAGGAACCCUUGGCUACCAGGGUGGAUCCUAACCACCACUCUGAUCCUCUCUGUGGUGGUGCUGAUCUGGAUCUGCUGUGCCACUGUGGCAACUGCUGUGGACCAGUAUGUACCUGCUGAGAAAUUGAGCAUCUAUGGUGACAAGGAGAAUAUAAUGGAAAAGAAACUGAUUCCAUAUCCAGCCUCCUCCCUGCUGAUCAUUACCUCCAAAGGAUCUGAGGAAGAGGCCGGGCCGCUCCCUCACAAAGUCGACCUGAGCCAGUCAGACGUUUAGAAGCCGAAGACUUGGCACAGAAUAAGUUUAGGUUGAUUUUCCUCCUCUGGCCCAGGACCUGGGCUUCUCUCGGGAUAUACGGAAGUAACUACUCGCAGAAGAUUUUGUAUAAUUGAUAUGUCUCGUCUCCUUUUUGUUGAUGCUUUUAAAAUUGAAAUGAUAAAAAGGGUUAUUUUCUUUUGUAUAUUGGUAAAAUUGAGGCAUUAAUGUAAUCAGCAGCACACUUGAAAUAUGUUUUGGGAUUUUUCUUUUCUUUCUUGUGUAAAUUGGCUCUCGGUGUGCUUAUUUUUAUCAAAUAAUGGAUAAAUUCAAUGUUUGACUUGAAGUGAUAUUAACCCAAACCCUCCUUUUAUUGUCCUAUAGAUUGUGCUAAUACUGCAGACUCACUGUAUGUUCAUGUUUGUACUGUAAUCAUUUACAGAAGAUGAAUUUUACAAUAAAGUUUGAUGCUCCUUCCCACAUUUAA